ACUCCGGGAUCAUCCAACAGAUGGUUGGAAGGCCUUGAGUCGAAAAAAGUUGUGAAAAGUGCGAAAACAGUUUGGGUUUUCCUGCUGAUUUAAACAUGAGUUCAAAACAUAGACAUAAGAAUAGCAAAUCCAGAAGUCGUUCCAAAUCAUCAAUCAUUACAGAAAUAUUAUGUCCUAAAGAUGACAUGAAAUGUGUAGAAGACAAAAAGUUCAGCAUAAAGGUGUCAAAAGUAAUGGGCAGGUACAUGGUGGCUAAUAAAGAAAUUGAACCAGGCGAAAUAAUUCUGAGUGAACUGCCUAUAGUGAUCGGUCCGUGUACAGACUGCAAAGUUCAAUGUCUGGGAUGUUACAAAAAUUUGGAAGAACAACCGUUUAUCAAAUGCAAAUCCUGCAAUUGGCCCUUAUGCUCCCAAAAAUGUUCCGGACUUAACAGGAGACUUGGACAUACUGAAGUUGAAUGUGCGAUUCUCAGAGAAACUCAGUCAUCAAGUUUUUUGGACUACAAUGAUUUUUCCAAGAUAAGGAGUCGAUUGUGUGCUCUGGUACCAUUUAGAUGCCUAUUGCUCAAAAAAACUGAUCCAAAAUCCUAUGACCUACUCUUAGAUAUGGAACAUCAUAAUGAUUUAAGAAGAAAUAUCCCGGAGGUUUGGGAUAGUAAUCAGAAAAACGUUGUUGAUACUAUUAUUAAAGAUUGGGGACUGAACUGCUUUACUGAAGAAGAAAUACAUACUAUGUGUGGAAUUUUAGAGGUAAACAGCUUUGAAAUUGGCCAUCAAGGUAGAAGUAUCCGAGGACUAUAUCCUACAGCAUUCCUUAUGUCUCACGACUGCGUACCUAAUACUAAUCAUUGCGACGAAGAGGCUAAUUAUAGAUUAACAGUUAGGGCUUCUACUAAAAUUGAAAAUGGCCAUCCAGUUACCUUAAGUUAUGCAUAUACGUUACAGAAUACUCUUAAAAGACGUGAGCACCUACUGGACAACAAAUUCUUCGAAUGCUACUGCAAACGGUGUUCCGACCCUACAGAACUUGGUUGUUAUAGCAGUGCCCUACAAUGUCCAAAAUGUAAAUCGGGACUGGUUCUCUGUGAUAAUCCUUUAAAUUGCGACUCUUCCUGGAGUUGCAAAAAUUCUUCUAAACACUGUCCUGGUUACAUCAUUAACGCUAAAUCACUUAAACUCUUAUUAAACAGAAUAUCUCAAGAGGUCGACCAAAUAGACGGCAAUGAUAUAGAAUCUAUGGAGCUGUUUUUAAAUAAAUAUAGAAACGUUUUACAUCCCACACACUAUAUGUGUCUUGGAAUUAAAAUAACUUUAAGCCAAACUUAUGGAAGAAUAAAAGGCUAUCUGAUAAACGAACUGAGCGAAAGUAUACUUGAACGUAAGGUGGAAUUAUGUAGAGAAGUACUUGAAGUUUUGGAUAUUAUAGAGCCAGGGUACACUAGAAUUAGAGGUGUGACAUUAUUCGAAAUUCAUGCACCUCUGAUGAUGCUUCUAACAAGAGACCUAGCAAAUCAAUCGUUAUCUAAAGCCCAACUGAAGAAACGUUUGAAGGAAGUCUUCAAAUACCUUACGGAGGCCCAUAUUAUACUUCAAUAUGAACCAGAAAGUUCUCCAGAAGGAAUUAUGGGAAAAGCAGCUGCUGACGCUCUAGUUCAAAUUAAGGAUUGGCAGAAAAUUGUCGGAAAGUUUUAGAAUGAAUGAAACUGUGUGAUUGAUUUUAAUGGACCAAGAGGUGUAAUAUAUUUCAUUUUGUUUACUUUUGUUUGCUGUUUAAAAUGUAUGUUAAAUUUAAAGUGUAUGUUAAUAUAUUUUUAGAGUUUU